CUUUGUUAAAAUUUUGUCAAUAAUUUGGACGAUGUUUCAUUGUUUGGUUACAUUAUUUGUUUAAACUGUAAGCGUUGUAUUAGAGAAAAGCUUGAACUUUAUUUGAACAGAGAUACAUUCGAUUUUUGGAGUUUGAUUUAAUAACACGUUUAUUUUUUUAAAUUUAAAGAUGGCUCAAUUCAUUGGGAAAUGGAAAGAUGACUGUAGCACAUACACAAAUUAUGACCAGUUCGCUAAGGAAUCGGGUAUUCCUGAUGAACUGAUCGAAAAGUUUAGAAAUGCAAAGAAUACUGUUGAAUUCAAGCGAGAUGGAGAAUAUUGGAUUUGCGAUACAAGUAGUGAUGUUAUACCAAGCAAAUGUUAUAAAUUUAAACCUUCAGAGGAAGUUGUCACGACCGGUCCUAUGGGAAAAGGCCUAAAGUUUACAGUAACCAUUGAUUCUGACAGUAAAAUGACAAUGAAAGAACAAAGUGAACUGAUGGGAUGGAAAACAGUCACAGUUGUGAGGGAAAUAAAGGGAGAUAAAAUGAUGACUACAAUGGUUCUUGACAAUGGAACUGAAAUGACAGCUGAGAUGACAAAAUGUUGAGAUAAUAGCUAUGUUUAUGAGCUUAUCUGAUCUUCGUUGUCUGUAGUUGUGACUUUUCCUCUGAUAAAUGUUUAUUUCAGUCCUGUUAAAUGUCACUAUAUUUCCAAUGUAGUUGUUUAUAACCAUCGUAAUCUAUGCAUUUGUACGAUAAGAAAUGCAAACUUCGAUCAAAUAUGUAGUAAUUGAAUAAACAAAUGAAUCUAAAAAA